UUCUGCUACCCUUAUAUAUACACCUGUAACAAGCGUGCGUUUCUUAUAUACGCCAAUGAGAAAUAUUCUUUGAGUAGAAGACCGUCGUGUAUUUUUUUUUUUUUAUUAACAAAGCAUAAAACGUGACUAGUAGUCAAUGGAGCUUGCAAAGUGUGAAUGAGAAAUUCUGAGCUUUCUUGUUGUCAUAGAAUGAAUAUAUCAACAGUGAUCGAUCCUGUCGAGUAUCGCGAAACUUUGGAAUGUUUUUUUCCCAUGAGAAAAAUAUAGUGUCGAUAACCUUAUUAAUAUAUCGAAAAGCACGUGGUGGUCAUCUAAAGCUCUCAGACGGAAAGCUGGAGCCGUUUUAUUAUGCUACUAUUUGUCAUAGCUAUAGGUAUUUUCCUAUGUUCACGUAUCACCCUUAUUGAAUCAAAUAUUUGCGAGAAGCAACUGCACAAAUAUUACUUUCGAAAUUGUUCGAGAGCGAUGUAUCGCCCAGAAUUGUGAUUUUUCUUUUUUUUUGAACGCUGAAGGUUAUAAUGAAAAUUGCCUGCUGGUUCUCGAGCUAUUGCUGCAAAUUAAUAUACGUAGAAUAACAAUGUAUAUUGGUAUAUGCGUAUGCACGAGUCGCGUUUCAUUUGCUAUGCAAUUAUGAUGUUCCACAAGGAAAGCACGUAUUAUCGAGAUACUAUCAUGCACGCGAUCGCUGUUAUCAGUUGUUACGAAUAAAGUGCUGAAAAACCAUGAGAGUAUUAUUUAAGGGAAAAAAUUAUGAAAAAGGGCCAAAGUCUAGAAAACAAGUGUUUAUCCAACAACAUGUUUGUCAGAACCAUUAAAAUUCUAAAGACAAAUAUUAUAACAUACGGAUAAUAGUUAAUGAGUCAAAGAUCAUGUAUAUAUGCAUUUUGCAAUGAUUUUAAUAGGUUAUGUAAAAAUAAAAUUGCUAUUCGACAGCCAUACAGCAAAUUCAAUUAACAUUGCUGGAAUGAUAUGCAAAACUGAAGCAAAGUGCAUCUGGUGCAGGAUGACGAUGCAUUUGCAAUAAAGGGUAACCAGCCGAAGCAGUGGUUGCAGAAUAUAGCUAUAGGUAUAGCGGAGGUUAUCUCUUGCAGCAUUGCAAAUUCUAGCGACUCGGUUACGGACUCUGGCAAUUUUCGCGACCCACCAUGUUAAUGAAAUGGGACGAAAUUUUCAUCAGAGACUCAGGCGCUUAUCGCUUUUACAAAUAUGUCGAUAUUUCGCGAGCCUUUCGCAGCUGGAAUUGGAUGCUCGAACCCGGUUUAAUUAAACCGCAACGAAGAGGCAUAACAGCCAAUUUCCGAUUAAAUGAAGAAAACCAUUAUGGGGAAAGGAUUUCUUGAAAAUUACCAUUUCAACGUCAGGUGGAGUAAGAUGCGAAGACCUUGAAGAUAUACGUAAAAUAAAGAAAAACUUUGUUUUCUCUAAAAGAAAUAUAGAGUAUCAGUGAUGGCAUUGCUAUAUUAUCGUUAAGUGAUAAUUAAUAACUCGAUACGAUAAUCGACGAGUGGCGUCGGGACGCUCGACGUUGCGCUGCUGAAAAACUUGGCAAGCAUGACGAGUCUUAUUAAUAUGCACGUCAGAGAUGUUUCCCUGCCGUUAAAUAAUGAGUGUCGUCCUGCGUUUUGGACCAGUAAAGAUGGUUAGUUCAUUAGCUCACAGUCAAAAGGAAAUAACGAAGAAGUGCGCAACUACUCAGCCGAAAGUACCUAAGAGCGAAAGAGCUGCCAACAUCUGGAAUCGUAAGGGACUGGCAAAAGUUUCGGAGGAAAAUAUAACAUAAAAAAAGCUUCGGAAGGAUCGUUGCCAAAAUCACAGAAUCCAUUCGCGAGAAAAAGAGGAAGGAAUUUUCAAAUUUAAAAUAAAAAAAUUGCAAAAUUCAAAAGUUCGUAAAACCACCCUAAAUAUGACUGUCGCUCGUGGAACAUCCCACCGAACAUAUAUCAAGAACGUGUACGAAAAAAGAUUAAGAAAUUUUCUAAUAUCUUAAAUAUAAAAAAUUUUUGAAAUUUCAUCAUCACGACCAAUUAAGAUUCUCGGAGCUAAUGAAUCCAGAGAAUAUAAUAGUUAAGAACGUAUGGACGUCACACGAGGAAUGGAAAUCACAGAACCACCCGAUUGCGAGAUACGUUUUAUAACGACAAUCAAUAAUUCUAACGAAUUUAAUAAUUUUUCAAAAAUUUAUACUCCGACCGUCACCUCGAUAUCCUUCGAUGUAUCCAAGAUAGAAGGUGCAUCGGUUAGUGCAGUGAAUGACAACGUGCCACUUACCGUACUCAAGGGAAUUGUGUUAGUGAGCAUUAUAGUGACAGCACUUUUGGGUAAUACCUUAGUGAUAGCAAGUGUUAAGAGACACCGAAAGUUACGUGUACCGACGAAUCGUUACGUAGUCAGCUUAGCGGCGGCUGAUUUGCUGGUAGCCAUGUGCGCCAUGACUUUUAGCGCGUCCGUCGAAUUAUCCGGUAAAUGGAUAUUCGGUCGUUUCAUGUGUGACGUGUGGAGUUCGUUGGACGUGUACUUUUCAACCGCGUCGAUACUUCAUCUGUGUUGUAUAAGUGUCGACAGAUAUUACGCAAUAGUGCGACCACUGGAGUAUCCGAUUAUUAUGAGAAGAAACACUGUGACUUGUAUGUUGUGCAGUGCUUGGCUACUUCCGGCUUUUAUAAGCUUUGUGCCAAUUUUAAUGGAGUGGUACACCACCAAGAAGAAUCUGGAAUUUUUAAAAAAUAAUCCUCAGGUAUGCAUCUUCGUCGUGAAUCGAGCGUACGCAGUGAUAAGUUCAUCCAUAUCCUUCUGGAUACCCGGUAUCGUGAUGAUCGUCAUGUAUUACAAGAUAUACAAGGAGGCCGUAAGACAGCGCAAGGCCUUAAGCAGAGCCUCCAGCAACACCGUACUAAAUAGCGUCCACCUGCACAGAGUAUCAACAUCGAGACAUAAUUCCAGAGCAUCUCAUCAACUUUUACUACAUCCGAGUGACGCAAGUGACAUGAGAAGACCGUCUUACAGAUCAGCAACAGAGCUCAACAUAAAAAACGGCACGACGAUACGUCAACAGACAAAGAGUUGGAGAGCUGAACACAAAGCUGCGAGAACCUUAGGAAUCAUUAUGGGCGCAUUUCUACUCUGUUGGCUACCCUUUUUUCUAUGGUAUCUCACAACCUCCCUAUGCGGCGACACGUGCACGUCUCCCGACGCCGUCAUCUCUUUGCUCUUCUGGAUAGGCUACUUCAAUAGUGCAUUAAAUCCCUUGAUUUAUGCAUACUUCAACCGUGACUUUCGCGACGCCUUCAAAGACACCCUCAAGAGCGCCCUGCCUUGCUGCUCCAGUUGCUGGAAGAUCCCCUCGCAGUUCGUCUAGCCGGAUAACGUGGUAAGAGCGAGCGUGGAGAGCCAAGGAUUCUGGAAAACAAGAUUUCCAUGUUAUGCCAAGUGUCGUAGGUCAGCGAAGAGAUCAAGGGAUGAAUCAAAAUAAGGAACAGGACGAAGGAAGACAAGAUAACGCACGGGGAGAGUCGGGGAUGGAUUGUGAUAAAAGAAUUGAGGGGUUGCAAAGGGGACGUUCAGGAACUCUGGAUCGAACAUCCAGACUAUCUCUGCUUCCCGGUUGGAAUAAUGGAAAAGGGAGAUUCGGCGAAAGUAGAUCUGAAAAUUCAUUCGUUUGUUCGCAGCCGAAAGGGUUGACAAAUUGUAAAUUGACCAAGUCUCGAAAAGAAGGUCCAGGGUCGUCGCUGCCACGUGUACUUGGUUCAAACAGAAAUCAAUUAUUUCUGGGUAACCCGGACGCAAUUGUGACGGUUGAAUGAUUUAUUAGGGAAAAGUUAAUUAAGCCCUAUGAAAAUUGUUCCUGCUUAGGGUCCUCUCGUGUGUAUCAAUUCGAUCUGUCAGUUAAUCACUCACUGGCAUAUAUACCUAUGUAUACACACAUUAUGCUUUAUUUUAUAUCCCUCAUUGAAUUAAAUAAAAUUUUGAAUGAAAUUCAAAAAACCGAAUUUCUCGCACAAAAACAAAUCCUACAGUAAUAUAUCGUACUCGUCGAUCGGCUUUGCGUGAUUAAGCUCCUGAGAGUAUAUUAGUACGGGAUACGAUUGAUUUAUACACUUGGAUCACAACGAAUAGUCUGUAGCUUGCCGAAUCGAAUAAAUGUAUUGAUACACGUAAUAUAAAAUGUGAUUAUUGCGACGCUUCACCUAUUUAAAGGGAAAGCGUCUGACGCUGUAAAUACGUUUGUGAAGUGUAUAGGACACGUAAUUAAACUAAUAGGAUUAGUUUGCGCUGAUUAGAUGUACAAUAGAGAUACUUUGCGAUGCUAAAUGUGUAUAAUGAUAAUAAUUAAAUUCGUAUAACAAGCAGAAGGAAUGUACAGAGUGUAAUAUUAGUCUCGGGCCAAAUGGUCUUCGUUAAAAAAUUUACGACGUGCCGUCAUCCGAGACGUGUAAAAAAUGUAUUAUAGCAAUAAUUCCAAAAAUUGUAAAUAAUUAAUAUAUCGUUCACGAUAGUACUCAUUGUUUUUCUAAGUAUAUAAAAUACAUGUUUAUGCAUAUGUAUGAUAUAUAUAUGUACCGUGUAUGACGAUUAAUCUCAAUAAGCUAUAGUCAAGCAGAAUAUACAGCAGUAUAGAAACCGCGCUUAGCUACUAUAAAAAAGGAAUCGUAUUUCAAGCUCUUAUGGAACCCGAGUGUGUUAAGGCCAAUUUUUUUCUUUCGUAUCAGUUUUUUCUCCUAAGAGAUAUUUUAUUCGCUGUUCCACCACUUUGGGAAAUUGUCUGAGUUUUCUGUGUCAUGUGACAGAGAAAACACCCUUUAACCCUGUUCUCCUUAGACGCACGUUUACGAUUGACAUUUUUUAUAUUCCCAUUAUUUAAUCUGUUCUCUAUUGUUUUAUUAUAAAAUGUCACGCCAGUCUCUCUCGUUCUAUUCAGAGCGUUACACUCGAUCUCUGAAUAACAAUGGUUCAAUGAAAUCGGGCGUAUUUUGAACGCGGACGCUGACGCGCGCGUCUGAAACGAAAAUUCAGUCAAAAUUCACAGUCAAAUAUUGUAGUUAUAUAAUUUGAUCGCAUCGUCGAAUUUCAAAAAAAUAUUGAAGAUCGUUUCUUAUCAAUUUACGUUUUAUCGAAAAACUGACGAUUAAUCAGUUUUAUUUUUUUUCAAGAGGGCUUUAUAAGUUCCGUACGAUAUAAUUUCAUUAUUUUUACAUUGCGUAUUUGUAAAGUUAGGUGAUAUUUAGCAAUGGGCUUCCGUUUGAUAUAGGUAUAAUCAGUAAUAAUAAUCCUAAUCAAAAUCUGAAAUUUUUUUAUUCUAUUACUUCAUCCGGUACCGGUAUAACACGUGAUUGAAUUUCUCGACAUAAACCACAAUAAUGAUAAAUAAAAUAAAAAUAACGAAUGCACGCAACUAUUUACUGUUAAAAAAAGGCACGUAAUCAAAUUCUUCGUAAUUAUGUAUUUCAGAUUUUGACACGGUGGACAAACAUACCCUCGAUCAGUAAACUACGCUGAAUUCGACAAUCCAAAAAAUUAAAUAAGCAGUCGUAAAUUUUUCUCGUGAAAAAUAUGUAACGAACGAUCUAGUGAGAAAAAAACGUGCUUAAAGUACGAAGUCUAACGUGUCACAAGAAUCUCGUUAUUCGUCUGAGAGAAAAGUUAGCGUUGCGACUCGUGCAAGGCCUAUGCAUUAGGUAGAUGGAAAACUUGACGCUAAACUGCUGUCGUAGAUAAUGGGCGUAGAAUACGUGAGGUUAAACAGCAUUAGACAAACGAUAUAAUUAAUAGAAGAAAAAAGAGACAUACGUAAAAAUAAUAAAAUAGUUGCGUCAACGAGAGCGAGGGAAAUGGUAUUUUUUAUUAUUGCGUAUUGCGUUGGCCAAGUACGUUGACGGAAUAAAAAGGAAAUCAAGACGUAAAUUUA